CUAAAUAUGGUCCAUACAUUGUAAUUGGUCUCAAUGUAUAGAUUAUAUAUAUAUAUAUAUAUAUAUAUAUAUAUACACACACACACACACACACAUACACACACACAACACAUACUUAAUUGCCUGCCCCCCCCAAAAAAAGAAUUAAAAAAAUACAGAUUCUCUCUGCUCUCCCUUAAAACAUCUACCUUGUGCUGUUGGUAGCCAUUAAUGAUCAUUGCCUAGAAAAUCUACUAAUUCAUUAGGACUUGCAAAAUGGUGCUAUUCUAGCAUUCUUGUGGUUCUUGUUAUUUAUUAGCAGAAUACCUCUAUAAAGAAAGAUUUGUUCUCAUUUAACAGUUGGCCAUCUUGAGAUCCAGUUAGUAAAGAAAGACAGGAUGCAUUUUCCUUCCUUUUAUUCACCGACUUUUAAGAUAGUUGUUUUAGUCACCCAGUAUCCUCCUGAGGUGAUCACUGAAUUUAUUUUAGUUGUCUUUAUGAACUUAUGGACUUAAACAUGUUUGGUGUGUUCCAAACCAUUACAGUAAUUGCCCCUAUUGAUGCUCAGAUUGCCCAGCUCUGACCAGUGGGAGGCUCUGUAAGUUGGCUCCUAAGUUCUUUUGAUGCAGUCCUACUAGUCUUUGAUAAUUUUGUUUUCUGGUAUGAUGAGCUGUUUCAGUUUCAUUUUGUACAUUUCCUGCCCGAAACCUCGCAUCAGCCAUUUCUCUAAGGAGUCCUGGUCUCAUAGCUAUCCUCUGCUUAACACAUAACAAAAAUUCCAGUCUCUCAUAAGGAAAGGAAAUGUUCAUCAUAAUGUUGUUUACAUAGACAGUCUAGGCACAGCAAACCAUUUUUAUUGAGGAAUAGUGGGAACCCUCCUGAAAUCUGAAUUCACAAAUGCCAGCCAAGGGCCCACCUUACAGGCUGGCCUUUUAAGGACAAUAGUCUCAGGCCUGCUACGUUAACUCUUUUCUGCACCGGUGCUUAUUAGACAUUUUGUGGAGAUGAGGAGUAAGUAGAAAGUUGGAUAAGGGGUCAGGAGUUCAGAGGAGAGGGUGUGAUGGAGAUAUACACCUGGUCGUCAUUAGUGUAGAGAAGGUAUUUAGAUCCUGAGACUGAAUGAAAAUCACCUGGGGGGUGAGUACAGAGAGCUAUCCAAGUACCAGGCCCUUGAGCAAGAAGUUCAGGAGAUGAGGAGCUGCAAAGAAGACUGAGAAGGAGCUCCCGGGGAGGUCGUGUGAGGUGGAAUGAGGAUCAGGAGGAUGUGGUAUCCCUAAAGCCAGAUGAAAAGAAGAGGGAAGUGAUUGGUGGUGUCCGAUCCUGCUGACAGUCUGAAGAUUAAAAAUACAGAAGCAAUUACUGAUUGUGCUAACAGAUUGGAGUGAAGCUAGAUAAUAAAGUCACAUGUACAUUUUGAAAAGAACCUUGGUUUUUUAUUUUCUCUUCCUUCUGGUUGGAGCCUAUUUCGGUCUUGGGAAUUGAGUUCACAGUUGAAGGAAUGAGACCCUAGACUUACUGGCAUAAUCUAUGGAGUAAAGAAAACAGGAGAUGUAAAGAGACCAUGAGUGGAGGAUCUCAAGUCCACAUUUUUUGGGGUGCUCCAGCUGGUCCUUUGAAAAUGACAGUAUCACAGGAGCCAACUUCCUUAAUGUCUACUGUUGACCCCUGGAAAGAAAUUCAGCUUUUCUAUAAUCAACAUCCUUUACAUCUGAAGGAUGGAAAAUGCAGGCACGAAAGUCUUGAAGACCGUCAGGCCCUGGAGACUCUGGGCCCUCCAGAUCCUCCUUGUAAUUUUCCAACAGGCUCUAUGAGCAGAUCUGUUCAUAUGAAAGACAACUUUAUACAGUGCAUUUCUGAAACACGAACUAUAAAAUCCCAGAAGAGUCACCCCUCAGGAAUGAUUGAUGGAACCAACUCUUAUGAGCAAACAUGUGGAUUUAAGGGCAGAGUUCAGCAUUUAGCUGAAGAAGGAAAGUAUCAAAUGCUCUUCAGUGAACAUAAGAAAAUCACAGAUGAACAGUGUAAAGAUCAGUCAAAUGUAUGUGGUCAGAACUUUCCCCCAAAUUCCCUGCAAUUAGAUCAUAAAUGUGCAGCUGUGUUGGAUGCAGUCGGUAGGACUGAACAGACUAACAUGGAGCCAGGAGCUCCGGAAGCAAAGUGUGCACCAGCAGAACAUCAUGAACUGCAAAACCUGCGCCUGGAGCUCUCUUCCUCUGACUCAGUAGACAAGCCGAGGCCCGAGGGAGCGGUUAGGAAGGUCUCAGGCCUUAAAAUAUCGACUGAGACUGAAUUCCUCAGUAUAAUGACCUCCAGCCAGGUUGCUUUUUUAGCUCAAACGGAGCGUAAAGGGCAGAAUUCUGUAACUAAAGGGACUGUAAACAUGGCGAUCAAACCAGAGGCAAGACCUGGGGAAAUAAGAGUAACUGAAGAUAGUUUGAAUCAGCCUAAUGAUGAUUCUGCAGAAGGAUAUGAAAGUGGACAAGACCAAGCCAGUUCCCUUGAACUUUUUAGCCCUGUUUGUCCUGAAACAAGAAGUAGCCAUGUUCACAUAGACUCUGAUAAAGGUCUUGAAGAAAAUACAGAUUCUGAAGAGCUUUUCAGUUACGAAGAUAAACCGCCACCAAAUGAGAUAUGUAUUGAGUCGUGUGGCUCAGGAAUCCUGUGUUCCCAACUAAAUACCUUUGACAAAAGUUCUAUUAGAAGAAGUUGGACCUCUGAAGAUAAAUCAGGCCAUUCUAAAACUCCAUCUGAAACCCCCCACAGAGCUAAGAAAAUUAAGUUGAUUUCUAAUGUGCGAGAUCAUACUGUAGCAGUGGACCAGAGGAAUGUGUCUGAAUUUAAGGGCAUUAAGAAGACAUCAUUAAUAAAACACUGUGUUUCUAAAAGUCGGAAGUAUAAUUGUUUAGUCAUGGUGUUGUCUCCAUGUCAUGUGAAAGAAAUAAAUAUAAAAUCGGGACCAAAUUCUGGCUCUAAAGUGCCUUUAGCAACAAUUGUGGUAAUUGACCAAUCAGGAAUUAAGAAGAAGGUUUUCCUGUGGAGGGCUGCAGCGUUUUGGGCACUAACAGUGUUUCUUGGUGAUAUAAUUUUACUCAUAGAUGUUACUAUUCAUGAAGAUCAUUGGGUUGGUGAGACAGUACUACAAUCAACGUUUACCAGUCAGUUAUUAAAUCUUGGGAGUUAUUCAUCUGUCCAGCCUGAAGAAUAUUCCUGUAUGGUUAGUGAUGUUUUACUUCAAGACUUACUGGCAUAUGUGUCUUCAGAACAUUCCUAUCUCAGAGAUCUUCCUCAGAGAAAGCCUCAGAAAAUGAACAAGAUAGAAUUUGUAGAAUUGGAGCAGCUUCAGCCAGACACAUUAGUCCAUGCAGUUCUGAGAGUUGUUGAUAUCACUAUACUGACAGAGGCAUUAUACAGUUAUAGAGGACAGAAGCAAAGGAAAGUUAUGUUAACAGUGGAACAGACCCAAGGUCAACAUUAUGUGCUUGUAUUAUGGGGUCCUGGAGCAGCCUGGUACCCUCAACUUCAAAGGAAAAAAGAUUAUCUUUGGGAAUUUAAAUAUCUUUUUGUUCAGCGCAAUUGCAUCCUAGAAAACCUAGAGUUGCAUACAACAGCGUGGUCAUCCUGUGAGUGCCUGUUUGAUGAUGAUGUAAGGGCCAUUACAUUUAAAGCAAAGUUCCAAGGAAGCACACCCUCCUUUGUGAAGAUGUCAGAUUUAGCAACACACCUAGAGGAUAAGCAUUCAGGAGUGAUUCUAAUCAAAGCCCAGAUUUUAGAGCUCGUGUUUCCUAUUGCAGCCUCUCAGAAGAUAAUUCUAAAUGCUCACAGUUCUCUGGAGAGUAUUUAUUCUUCUCUUCCCAAUAUUCUUUACACCGGCUGUGCAAAAUGUGGAUUGGAACUAGAAACAGAUGAGAACAAGAUCUACAGACAGUGUUUCAGCUGCUUGCCUUUUACUAUGAGGAAAAUACACUAUAGGCCAGCUUUAAUGACCAUAGUUGAUGGAAUAUAUAAGGUUUGCGUGCACGUAGGAUCAAAGCUGGUGGAGAAGAUUCUUCUCAACAUUUCUCCUGACUGGCUCAACAGAGUUAUAGCCCCGCCCUCAGAGGUGACCUACCGCAUGGUCGCAGCGGACCUGCUCCAUUCCUUGUUGGCAGGCAGCGGGGCACCUUGGGUCCUGAAGAUGCAGAGCCUCUUUGUCUUAGAUGAAAACAGCUACCCACUGCAACAGGACUUCUCUCUCCUGGAUCUUUAUCCGACAAUGUGAAGCCCGCAUCCCCGGCUCUCCUCUGAGCCCAGAUGAGGGAACAGCAGGCACUUGAAGGAAGAGUACUGAGAUGAUCUGUCUUUCCAAAUGAAUGACAGGGCUUUCCCUCAGGGUUUUAAAAUAAGUAUAUUUUAUAAAGAGAAUUGUGUUAAAUAUGUUAAUUAAAAUCCCCCCCCCACUAAGAAAAUUCUGUGAGUUUUUUUUGUUUGGUUGGUUUUUGGGCUUUCCCUUUCUCUCUUCUAGAGAAAUGAUCGAGCAAUAAAGGCAACACGUUAAAUUUCAUUGGGAAUUGAAGAAUCACUCUGUUUAGUACCUCCAUUCCGAAGCACUGGGAUGCAGAGCUGAGCGUUUACUCAGGAAUUGCUUUUCUGCUCUGCUCACAAACUCGAAGUGCUUUCCUUAUUCCAACUUUAAUAAACUACAGACUCAAAAGGAUUUCCUUAAUCACAACUUUAUAUGGCCAUAGUUCACAUAAGCCUACAUUUAGACAAGUUCCAGAUGAGUACGUCUUUCCAUAAAGAAGCGUUGAAAAUGAAGGAAACGUGAUUGUGUUUCAGCUCGUCGUCAGGGGAGGCAGAGAGUCAUACUGUUAGUUGAUUUCUAGGAGUUGAGUGCCUCACUGAAUUUACUUUCCCAGCAAACACUUAGCAGUUAGUCUCUCAUUACGACUGUAGCAGCAGCUCCCAGAAGAUGGUAGUCAACAGGGAGGAAACAGGGGGCAGUACUUAACUUGGAAGUUUGGAGUAUGCCGAGUGUUAACAGAUGGGUGAUAUUGCUUGAACAUAACAAAAUUCAUAAUAAAAUGAGCAGGUUUAUUUUACUAGGUGUAUUUUUAAUAAAAUUCUUUUGGGUCAUUGAAA